UUUACUAUGAAGUUGCGACAGACUGGUCAAAACGAUUAUCCAGUUGUAAUAUUUCUUGUGGCAUUUAUUCACAAAUUAGUAAAUAUUAUACUGCCCAUCAUACCUUUAAUUAAUGAUUGUAUAAGUGACCAAUAUUUUUACUAACGCAUAGCCUUAUUUAUCAACACACAAAAAUAACGUUCAAACUUUACUGGACUUCAGAAAACAAAAUAACUCAUCAUGAGCAUGAGACCUGACGACCACCGAAGGAAAUGGGACAAAGAAGAAUUCGAGAAAAUCGCAGCCGAACGGUUGAAAGCUGAACUAGAAGAAGAGGAUAAAUUAAAAAAGAAAGCUCCUCCUGUAAAGCGUGAACUACUGAAGCAAAGAGAAUAUAAAGUAGACUUAGACUCUAAACUCGGCAAAAGUGUAGUAAUAACUAAAAAUACUCCAACAUCACAAUCUGGGGGCUACUACUGCAAUGUAUGCGAUUGCGUUGUUAAGGACUCUAUCAACUUUUUGGAUCACAUCAAUGGAAAGAAACAUCAAAGAAAUCUUGGCAUGUCCAUGAAAAUUGAAAGGAGCUCAUUGGAUCAGGUCAAAGCAAGAUUUGCAUUAAAUAAAAGAAAGUUAGAAGAAAAGAAGCGUGAGUAUGAACUAGAUACCAGAUUAAGGGAAGCUGCAGAGGAGGAAGCCCGGGUUAAAGAAUUGAGACGUGAAAGGAGACGUGACAAAAAGCGCAAGAUCAUGGACACAGAUGAUAAUGAAGAUGGCCCGGCACAGUCUGAGCUCGCACAAAUAAUGGGAUUUUCAGGGUUUGGGGGCUCCAAAAAAUAAGAUGUAAACAAUACAUACCUCAAGGAUCAAUUCUAAUAAAAAGAUAAUAAUUACAUUUUA